GUACACCCUGCCCACAGGAGCCCACAGCGACCAGAGCUAAGGAAAUGCAGGGGCACAGGCCACACGUGGGCAGAGAGGAGCCAGGAAAGGCCUUGGAGGACCCCCUGACCAUUUAAUAAAUGUGUGCUGAGUGUCUACCAGAGCUGGACCCUGGCGAGGCCCUGGGAUGGAGACGGACCAGAAGCAGCAUUUGCCUUGAACAAGAGUCAGGCAGGCCCUCACCAUGCCCACCCACUUCCCUGAGCCAAUCUCGGACUAUUUUCAGUACGAUGAGUCUGCAGAAGCCUGUAACAUGGAGGACAUCGUGGCCUUUGGGACUGCCUUCCUGUCCGUGGUCUACUCCCUUGUCUUUGUGUUCGGCCUGGUGGGAAAUUUGCUGGUGAUCUUUUCCCUCAGCAACAGCCAGAAGCGCAAGAGCAUCACCGACAUUUACCUCCUGAACCUGGCCUUGUCCGAUCUGCUUUUUGUAGCCACUUUGCCCUUCUGGACUCACUAUCUGAGAAGUGAACAAGGCUUUCACAAUGCCGUGUGCAAACUCACCACUGCCUUCUUCUUCAUCGGGUUUUUUGGAGGCAUCUUCUUCAUCACCAUCAUCAGCAUCGAUAGGUACCUGGCCAUUGUCCUGGCCGCCAACUCCAUGAACAACCGGACUGUGACGCACGGCGUCACCAUCAGCCUGGGCGUCUGGGCAGCAGCCAUCUUGGUGGCAGCACCCCAGUUCAUGUUCACAAAACAAAAAGAAAAUGAAUGCCUUGGUGACUACCCCGAGGUCCUGCAGGACAUCUGGCCCGUGCUCCGCAAUGUAGAAGCAAAUGUUCUUGGCUUCCUGCUCCCGCUGCUCAUUUUGAUCUACUGUUACUUCAGAAUCAUGCGGACGCUGUUCUCCUGCAAGAACCGCAAGAAAGCUAAAGCUAUUAAACUGAUCCUUCUGGUGGUCAUCGUAUUUUUCCUCUUCUGGACACCCUACAACAUCAUGAUUUUCUUAGAGACGCUCAAUCUCUACGACUUCUUUCCGGAUUGUGACAUGAAAAGGGAUCUGAAAUUGGCCAUCGGUGUGACCGAGACAAUAGCAUUUAUCCACUGUUGCCUCAAUCCCAUUAUCUAUGCCUUUGCUGGAGAGAAGUUCAGAAGAUACCUUUCCCACCUGUACAGGAAAUGCCUGGCUGUCCUGUGCUGUUAUUCUGUCGACACCGGUUUCUCCCGGCCUGAGUCACAAACGGGCAGGCGGGAAAGCAUUCUGAGCAGCAAUUUUACCCACUACACCAGUGAUGGAGAGGUGUCCCUCCAUGUCUGAAGGGAUCCCCAAAGCCUCCUCCCUACAGAGAGCCUGGAGUUUCUGAAUCUGACACAGAAGAAUGAGGACAGAUUUUUUUCGUUUCUUACAAGCAAGAAAUGAUGGACCCAAUGCCUAAAAAAACAACCCUAAGAUGUUUUUGAGAAUUGUGCUCAAAAUUUGAAUGAUAAAGGGUGGGAAUAUUUCUUAUUGCAAAUGUCAAGACUCUUUUGUUUACAAAUGACGAAAAUUCAACUCAGACUAGCUUACCUAAAAAGGAAGUGGUGAGUAUUGUUCACACAGCAGCAUGGACGGGGGUGGCUGAGCCCUCAGAGUGUGUGGAAACCACGGCUUGAAUCUAGCUAGAAUUUCCUCUCUCUGACUCUCAAAUAUCCCGGGGUGACAGAGCUCCCAGAUUCGCAUAAUGCAGCUUUGUUAUCAGAGAGGGACUGAGACCCAUUCCUCUAGGGUCUCAAGGUCAAAAUUCCUGGGGAAGGGCUCUGAUUAGCCAAGUUUGUAUCAGAUGCCCAUCCCUGGACCAGGUGGUGGUAUCCAUAGGCAAGGGAUAGAUAAGAUGGCAGCUUCCAUUCCAAACUCAUGGUUAGAGGUGCAAGAAGAUGUAUUUCCAAGAAGCUGGAGGGGUGGGUGCUGCCCACCAACUUCACCAUGUGUCUGGCUCAGCCUCGCCUUGAUCAUACCAGCCAGCACUUACUGCCAGCCUCCUCUUCCUUAAACUCCCUUCUAUCGUGUCCCCAAACCUACAAAGGUUUCCCAGUGCCUGCUGCAUCAAAUUCAAACUUAACUGCCUGACCUCUGAGACCCUCCAUCAUGUGGUCCCACCAACAGGUUCCCCAUUGUCUCCCAUUCCCAAAGGACUGCACCUACCCUGUCAGCCAGGUCUCUCCCAUCUGACCUCAUGCGUCUCCACCUGCUUCCAGACCCAGAGGGAGAAAUAGAAAGAACCCUGGCCCAAACUAAGAAGGGAUGAUUUCUAAUCUCAACUCUAUCACUUACCCACUGGGUGGCUUAGGGCCAACUGAGCUUGUUUCCUCAUCUGUAGAAUGGAGAUAAUACUUCUUUUUCAGCUAGAGAGUAUCCUUUCCAGCAUGAAGAACCAGCCACCAACUUUUGCAGGUCCCAACCCUCUUGUCUGGUUCCCAGACUUCAGCUUUCCCCCUACCUGGCACUUAAGCAGUAGUGUUGACAGAGCUUGGAGGAGACUGCAGGCUCUGCUGUGUAAUGUAGCCCAGACACAGAGGAGGCUGGUCCCUACCGUGGCACUCAGUGGACACUCCUGGAUGUAAGAUUGAUAGCCUUCCCUGACCCAACCCUCCCAGACUGCCUUGAACGUUCCCUCCCAAUCACCUCAUGGCAAGCCCCCAUCCAUCGGGAGAGAACCCCCAAUGUUCAUGCAACAGUCGAUGUGGAGAGCCAGGGUCACAAGAGCAGCUUUCUGUUUUCAGUAAACAUUUGAGAUGUUCUAAAACUUCAAAGCUUGAAGAACAAUUGUAACAAUGCUAAAGAAAGUGUCAUCUAUAACCUAACCAUACAACAUUUCCAUUUGCCCAUCCAGACCUUGCUCAUCCCCUCACGUGUUUAGAGUUGUACUCAUAAUGUACAAUUGUAUAAUCUGCCACAAAUGGCUCUCUGUUUCCAUAGGGUUUUGCAAGGAGCAUUUCAGAAGACUUUGCCAGGCUGUGUAUUCAUUGAAGGCAUCUGACGCCUUGCUCUAUUUCUGAUGCCUCCUUGGCAGUCAGCAUGUUUGUUUAACCAAUGAGAGAAUGAAUCAUGUUUCAUCAAGAUCACGUACUGUAAUUUGCUCACCAUUACUCUGUUGAUAAAUGUUUCACUUGUUUGCAAUAUAUAGCAAAUAC